UUAUCUCUGUGAUCGUCAUCUUCGUCUCUCGCACUCUCGCUUCCCCUCAUCCUCUCUGCAAAUGCUCGGCCCAGACCCAGAGCCAGAAUCCUUCGCCAGUUUCUCCUCCAGUUACUGGAACUGAUCCAUGGGCCGAGCGGUCCGGUGGUUCCGAGGCCUCCUCGGCCUGAAGAAGGACGACUCGGCGCCGCCGUCCGGGUCGAAACCUCCGAAGAGGCGCUGGAGCUUCAAGUCACACAAAGAAGCAGACUCCAGGAUUGUACCGCCUCCGGCCCCGGCGUACGCCGACGUUGGCGCCGGCGACCCGAACAAGCACGCGAUCGCGGUGGCCGCGGCCACUGCUGCGGUCGCUGAGGCCGCUGUGGCGGCCGCUCAAGCGGCUGCGGCCGUGGUGCGGAUGACCAGCAGCGGGCGGUGCACAGCUGCUACCUCCGCCGCUUAUGUCGGCGGCGCAAGCGGGGAGUGGGCUGCGGUUAGGAUUCAGGCGCACUUUCGCGGCUAUUUGGCAAGGAGAGCUCUGCGAGCAUUGAAAGGACUGGUGAAGCUACAGGCACUUGUUAGAGGUCACAUUGUGAGGAAGCAUACUGCAGAUACCCUAAGACGGAUGCAGGCCUUGCUUCGAGCCCAAACACGAGCCCGUGUAGGGCGAGCCCAUAUUUCUGAAUCUCCUCAUUCAAGUGCCAAGUUGGCUCAAUUCCACCAUCCCGGUCCUGCAACCCCAGAGAAAUUUGAACAUGCAAUACGGUCAAAGAGCACCAAGAACGAUCAGUCACCAAUGCUCAAGAGAAAUGGCUCAAAAUCUAUUGGUCGGGUGAUCAUUGAUCAAGACAAGGUGCAUAAUGGUAGAAACUGGCUGGACCGCAGAGCGGAAGAAGGAUCGUUGGACCAAAGAGGGCCUUCCACGAAAGCUGGCCAGACCGAUGAUGAAAAGAGCGACAAGAUCCUUGAAGUGGAUAACGGAAGAAUCCACGCCACACCCAAACGGAGAACUCUCUUCCAAUCGUGCCACCACCAUGCGUUGGCUUCAGACCAAUACAGUCAUAGCUUCACUACUUCUAAAGAUUCCACAGCCCAUCAAACGGUCCCAAGUACAUCUUCCUGCGAAGUUCACUCUGUAAACCCGUUGAAUUUUGGUCAGGACGGCGACGAAAGCCCCUUCUGCACAGCCAACAAUAGCCCGCAGUACUACUCGUCUUCAUCCAAGGGCGGUGUUUCUAGGCGAAGCCCUUUUACGCCCACCAGGAGUGACGGCUCAAGAAGCUUCUUAAGCGGGUACUCGGACCACCCCAAUUACAUGGCCUGCACCGAAUCUUCAAGGGCCAAGACGAGGUCCCUCAGUGCCCCAAAACAGAGGCCACAACAAAAUCAAAUUGAGAGGUCCGUUUCCACCAAAAGGUACUCCUUUUAUGGGUAUACCAACUUCGCCAACAAGGCUUAUCCCGGCUCGGGCCGCCUGGACAGGCUCGGCAUGCCGGUGAACGAAGGAGGCUACGGAAACAGAUACUAGAAGUAGAAGACCAUCAUCCCUUUCGGCUGGGUUUGUUCUUCUUGUUUGGCAAACUAAUCAAUCAAUCAAUCCUUCCUACUAACUAACGUAUUUUGUUUUUAACACUUGGGGUCUAGUGGUUCCGUUCAAUGUUCCACCACUUAUUCUGAAUCUAACUAUAACUAAUGUCGGAAGAGAUCAUCAUCUUGUAACAACUUGUGUUAUCAUAUAUAUAUAUAUAUAUAUUGACUACUUGUGGACAUAAUGCAGCAGCCUUAAGAGCUCGUUGUACCCUUAGCUCCCUAAAUAAUUAUUGUGUUAGGUUAAACCUAUACUUUUGUCUUGUAUUUUUAUUCUAUU